AUGGCUUUGCAACUGCAGAUUCGAUCCUUAAGUGGCAAGAUAUUAUCGCUGACAGCGAGUUCGGCAGAGACAGUUUCCAGCUUGAUGUCAAGGGUGCGUACCAUGAUGGGAGAUGUUGCCGAUGACGGACCAAGUUUUCGGCUAUGUUUGGUUACAGGGGAUGGCAUGACCGUCUUGGACGAAUCAACUUCCCUCACUGUCUCUGGUGUGCCUGACGGAGCAACGUUGCUUGCGAGACGUCCGCACCACGUGGCGCGGUUGACAUUUGAGAAGAAGAGCGAAGCUACCCGACCGAUGUUUUGGCGAUGA